CCGCUGCCGACUUCACCUCCGCCAAGCGCGCCUGCGCAACCCGCCGAACGUGCCUGCCGUGGGAGGGUGGCGUAGCCCCGCCCACUCUGUGCGCUGUCGCCUAGCAACGCGUUUCCCUGGCAACCGCGGCCGCGACGCUGGGCCACAAGAUGGCGGCCCCGGAGAGCAUCUACAACCUCCUGCCCCGCCUGGAGGAGCGACCCGCCAAGCCGCCCAGGUAUAUAUCAACAUUUAGACCGUCUGUGAAACAAGAAAUAGAGAAAAGUAAAGCACAGUGGAAAACUAUGGGGCCAGCAAAAGUUGCAGUGCCAUCUCCAAAAAACUUUCUGAAGAAACAUUCAAAGGAACCCAAGCUACCAGCAAGAAAAAAAGAACAGGAUAGUAAGAAAUUGCCUGCAUUAUCAGUCCCACGGAGGACAGAUCACCCGGUUAUGGGAAUUCAGAGUAAAAAGAAUUUUAUAAAUACAAAUGCAGUUGCUGCUAUCACAGGAUUGCCUAAAAAGCCUCAACCUAUUUAUGUUGAUAGAAGACAAGGAGACAAAUAUCUGCUUGAAACUUCAGGACUUGUUCCAAAGUAUAUUAAAAAAAAAGAUUAUGGCAUUACACCAAAAUAUGUGACACAGAGAACUGAAGAAAUGAAGAAAGCUCAGAAAGAAUAUGAGACCCAUGUCUUGGAGUGUCUCAGGAAAAAAGCCAUGAAGCAGUUAUCUGAUGAAGAAAGGGAAAAUCUUUUACAGGGGCUGAAAAAGAACUGGGAGGAAGUGCAUCAUGAAUUUCAGUGUCUUUCGGUAGAAAUAGACACCAUACCCAAGAAGUUGCAUAAAGAAAAGCUGGAAUCACAGAUGAAACAACUGGAGCAUGACAUAGAUGUAAUUGAGAAGCACAAAGUUAUCUACAUUGCAAAUGAGUAAGGACUGUUUUUCAGAUAUUGCCUCUUUUCUCUUUCUAUAACCCUGUCCUUCCAAGAAGAGAAAAAACAAACAAACAAACAACAACAAAAAAAACACUAAAAGCUCAAAAGAAAUUGAAACUUUCAACUAUUCAGAAGAAGGUAAUAUUCAAUUAACAUAAGGAUGUGGCUUCUUAUAAAAGUUGUUACAUAUAGCUAAUUCUCAUCUGCAUAAUUCAUGGAUUUUUCAAAUAAAAUGUUUAAUAUAACUUCAAGAACAUAAACAUGAUUUUAAUCUAUUAUUCUUUGUAAUUUUUAUCAACUACUAAAAUGUCUAUAAAUACCAUACAAAAAGCAUAAGAAAUACUGUUUUGUAUGUUUGGAGCACUUCUUUCCCUACAUAGCCAAAACUAAGUGGAAUAAUUGGCUGCUGAAGACAGCUUGGUAAAUAUAACUUCAGGGUGGGAUGGCUUCUGGUCUAGUUAUUAACAAGCUGUUGUGCUUUACUUAAAAGCUUGAACGAUUGUAUUUCUAAGUGGCUUGGCUUCUACAUAACAUUUUAUGUAUUCAUUUUUUGUUACCAGAAACAAAUUUUGUAGCAGAAGCCUAUAAUAAUAUAGGAACUCAUGCAAUAUGGAUACCACAUGUAGCUUGGUAUGCCAACGUAAAAAAUAACACCAUAAUACUAUAUUAAAUCUACAACUAAAGUACAAAAAUGUGUUUUGAUUGCUUUUAUAUGUGUAAAGUUAGAAUGAAAACAAUAUAUUACUAUGUGAGUCAUGACCUAGGCAGAAAUGAUAUUGACAUAGUGUACUACAAUUAUUUCCAUAAAAAGAAAAAAUGCUUUUCUUUCCUACUGCUUAACCAUUACUUCAGAACACAGCUUUUUCCGUAUUAUUUUAAUUAUUUCCACCAGCAUAUGUUGUGACUUCAUAGUAUCUGACAGCAGCAGAGGAUGAUGUCAAGAAUUUUAAAUAAACUAUUAAAAGACAAAUUUUCGCGUGCAUUAGUUAAUUUUAUAAAUCUGCCUGGAAAGGACCUUGAAGACUUCACAGUGAUUCUAGGUUAUAUUUCUUGUACAUCUUAAACUGGUCUAUGACAUGCACUAAGAAAGCUUGGGGUGAGCAGGAAUGUGUAUUUUGUUGUUUCUAACUUACAGUACAGCAUUAAUGUCUAUUUUUGAAAGGUAUAAAAUAAGCUGAAAGAAAAAUGUGGUUUCAAAAAAUAUGAAAUUCAUUUACGGUUUACUCAAAAAAAAUCAUACUGUAUAUUUUAACAAAACCACACUGACUAUAAUCACUUAAUAACAUGCCACGUUAUCUGCUAAUGAAGUACAAGAUGAUUUCUUAAGAAAUGCAGUAUAACCAAACAUGGCUGUUUUUUGUGGCUUAAAAUAAAAAGGCAGCUUUUGACUUCAAAACAGCAUGCAUUCCCACUGCCUCAGUCCCAUCUUUUUUAGACCAUUUGGCUGAGUUAUGCUGAGGAUCUGGAUUUGGAUCUUCCCUUUAUCAUCAGUGCUAACUUUAUGAAAAUGCAAAGUUGGUGUUUGUUUGCCCCAAAAGUUAGGACAAGCAACUAGGCCACACUUACUUUGAUGUGUAUUCUAUGAGACCUUAUUACCAACACUAAUGAUUGUGGAAAAAUGUGUUAAAAUGAAAACCUUUCAAAGUACACAGGGAAGGAUAAUAUUCUCACCCUUUAGCUCUGGUAAAAUAAAUUUACAGAAUCCAAAGAAUGUAACUCUGUAUUUAUAUGUUCAGGAAAUGCCAGUAAUUGAAGGUAUAAUGUUUGUGAGUCAACUGAUGUGUGCUUGUCAUUAUAACUAAAGAAAAAUAUGAAUAAACUCAA